AUGAAGCUGUCAUCCGUUGGAUUCUAUUCUUUAUUGUGGAGUUCGGUCUCUGCAGACUUUCUUGCUGCGAGGUCCUUUGAUCAUGGUAACAAUGUCGAGCUAGGAGAGCUCAGGGACGUGCAUGACUUCUACUCUAUCCUUGAGCAGUCCUCCUCCCAGGUCGGCCAAAAUGGGUCUUAUGAAUGGGAAGAUAUAACCAUAUUCGAGACCUUGGAUGGCAUAGAGGGCACGUCUGAGCUUGUGGACCCCUCAUCACUCCCUGGUACAAGCCUUGUCGCACGGCAAAAUCAGUGCACUGAUCUCACUGGCAUAACCAAAAUGGUUUGCGACAACAUGCCCAGCCGAUGGUGGUUCUGGGGUGCCGGUGGGCCACUGAUCAUCUACUACCUUCCUAAAGCUAUAGGUCACUGGUUGAAUGAUGUGGCUGUUGCCAUUCAAGCAGGAAGAAACCUGCGUAGAGUCUGGAGAGAUGGGUCUUCUGGCCCCAAUGGGCUGGAUCCGCAUACGGAACUGAAAAUCCGUGAUAUAACUAGCCAUGACGAACUCAAGGUUCGUGAUCAUGGCAUCGACUACCAUUUCUCUCUCCCGUAUAUGCUAGACAGCCAGGGGAAGCCAGAGGCCAGCAGUUUGAGUCGCCGGUCCGACCUCGGAGAAGGUAUCGAGGCAACGCUAUCCCAUGACUAUGUUUACAGUGAAAGGGAUGAAACUCUCUACUACAAAGGGACCAACGGUGCUUUCUCGGUCUCUGACCCCGAUGCCGAAUCUUCGAGCAAUGGGCGUCUCGCAGCGCGCCGUCCGACCCAUGAUUAUACUAUCGUGAUGUCCGUUGUCAAGCGCAGCCAGGCAAAUACUAUUGCUCGACCGAGCUGCAUCGCACAGCUGCUAAAGUAUCACAUCGACAAGAGCUCAGAGAAGAAUCGGUUUGCCUGCCGUCCCAUUGACAACAAGGGUAGCUGGCGCGCAACCAUGCACUUGAUGAUUAACCAUGGGAAGAGGAACCUUGGCACUUAUGGGACCUGUUGUAACUAA